UUUCCCAUCGUCUCUUUGUUCGGUGCAGAGGGUGUCGAAGAUGAACUCAAGCUGUUCGAGGAAUGCCAAGAGAAAUUUCCCAGAGCGCAAACACCUCGGAGAUUGCCACUUAAUUUUGCCACAGGUGAACAGUUUCGUGUGAUAGUGGACAAGUACAUGCGGAAAGCACUUCACAAAGGUGUACCGCCUCUCUUCAUAGACCUUCGGCCUCUCUACAGCAGUCCUGAAAGAGUAAAAAUUAUUGAGCAGUUGCUGACGGGUUACAUUAGUUCUCUAAAGAAGUACGAGGUCUUUUCUGAAAAAGAAAAGGACUCCGAAGAAAAGGAACCUGCCACGGCGCUCUUAUGGACUUACUACUAUGCAGCACAGCACUACGACUACCUGGGCUGCACUGCCAAAGCUUUAGACCUAAUAAAUGCUGCAAUUGAGCACACGCCGACACUCAUUGAGCUGUUUGUUGCCAAGGCUAGGAUAUACAAGCAUGCUGGUGAUAUUCAUGAAGCCUUGAGGUUUCUGGAUGAAGCUCAAGCUCUGGACACAGCAGAUCGCUACAUCAACUCAAAAUGUGCGAAGUACAUGUUGCGGGGAAACCUCAUCAAGGAGGCGGAGGACAUGUGUGCAAAGUUCACUAGGGAAGGUGUGUCUGCAGUUGAGAACUUGAACGAGAUGCAGUGCAUGUGGUUCCAGACCGAAUGUGCCAUGGCGUACCAGCGGCUAGGGAAAUGGGGCGAGGCUCUUAAAAAGUGCCACGAAGUGGACAGGCACUUCUCAGAGAUAAUGGAAGACCAGUUCGACUUCCACACGUACUGUAUGCGCAAGAUGACACUGCGUGCCUACGUGAGUCUCCUAAGGCUGGAGGACGUGCUCAGGGCCCAUCCUUUCUACUUCAAGGCUGCGAGAGUAGCCAUCCAGGUUUACCUUCAACUCCAUGACCACCCUGUUGCGGAAACGGAGGCAGCAGAAGAGAUCAACACGGCCAACAUGGCCCCUGGCGAGCUGAAGAAGCUGAAGAGCAAGCAGCGCAAGGCCCGGCGGCGAGCCGAGCAAGAGAAGGAGAAGCAGACUCUGGCGCAGGAGAAGCAGAAGUCCCGGCAAGCCCAGCAGGCACAGCAAGCGCAGCAACAGCAGGAUGGAGGCGAGAUGGACGGUCUGCGGGACGAGGAACUGCUGCCCGACAAGCUGGCUAGGACAGAGGAGCCCCUGGAGCAGGCAAUCCAAUUCUUGCGGCCGCUGCAACAGCUGGGUGCCCAGCGACUGGAGACUCACCUGCUCGCGUUUGAGAUCUACUUUCGCAAGAAUCGGCCCUUGCUCAUGCUGCAGUCCAUCAAGCGGGCUUUCCGCCUGGAUCCUCAGUGCCCCCGUCUGCAUGCACACAUGUGCACUUUCCACAGCCUUGUCUCCAAAAGGAAGGACCUCCCAGGGCCUAUUGUGACAGUACUGGAGAAAGAAAUGGCUGAGCUGUACCAGUCAAAGGAUGCACAGCAGCUAAAUGAAGAGUUCCUGGCUCAGCAUUCACGCUCUUUCCCACACUUGCUCGAAGGUUGCCGAAUGAUGUACUUCCUGGACACAUCCAAGCAGAAGCAGGCUCUUCAGAUGGUGACAUCUUUAAACAAUGACCUGGAGGGAGUCACUAUUGAGAACUGCCUACAGACUCUCGAGUGCCUGACCAAGGGAGACAUGGGUUCAUGCGAAGCGGAGCUGGCACUGUUCCGCGCUGCUUGCCACGAGCGCUUUCCUUUGGCCACUGCAUUCCGACCACCACAGUCGUCAGUCAAUCACGUGCGGCCAGAGGAAUGACCCCGGGGUCUCCGGCCGUGCCAUGCAAGUCCCCCCCUCAUCCAGUGCCUCUGUUAGGCGUGGUCCGUGGGCACAGACAACCUCCUCUUUCUCCGUGUGGCACCAGGCCCGGCCCACGUACAGUGAGAGAAGAACCACCGUCGUAGGAAUCAUCUUCAAACUUGCUCUUCCCGACCGUGGCACCACACGUGGCUGUGAGUGUGAUUGGUGUCAUCGGACGAUCCUGCGCUGCAGAAUAAAGAAAGGAUGGUUUUCCUUUUCAGACUCUGAAAACACAGAGGGUGGGCUUGUUGAAGUGUUUAGAACGGGGUAUUCAUGUUUUUGUUAUUUUCUCCUUGGCAGUGAAAAAAUGGACUGUACUGUGGCAUACUAGAACAAAGGACCUUGUGCUGGUCAUAUGUACUACCACCGGCACUGUUGUUCCUCAGUGGGAUGCAUGGUACGGAACGGGUGUGCCGAACAGUCCGCCUUGUGUGCUGUGACGUCAAGUGGUCCAUAGUGGGACAGUUGUCGUGCGGGCAACUACCAGCCUGUGCAAAGGAGACGGUAUCUGGCGACUGCUGUUGGAUAUUGGAGCCAUUGGUGGCAUGAACGUCCAAACUGUUUGAAUUUGUGUACCAGCAGAAGCGUGCUACACUGAAUGGGAUGUACCUUUCCUGCAGUGAGAUUUCGUCGAUACUUAGGAUAACAGCAGAGGGAAUGACUCUUCCUUUUUUUAGCAUGUCGUGGAGAAAUAUUUCAGUUGCAAAAGCAAUAUUAAAGGUGCAGCGUUGCAGUGAAAUCUUUCCUUAGUGGUGCAACACUGGGUUAUGAGUAUUGGCAGCAAUAGAAUUUUCUUGGGAAUGUUUUUGUAAAAAUUUUAAUGUCCAUCCUACUCUUCAAAAGGCUGUAACAUAGUCAGCCACAGCUCUUGGUGUGUGUUGGUGUUUGUGCUUUCACUGCAGUGAGUGUCGCUGAAUCAGGUUGCCAUGACAGCAGCAGGGCUCUUUUUAUUGGAAGUGAUAGUAGACCUAUUUAGUGCCCUUGGAAACAGCACAGUGUGGGCCUUUAAUGCAUUCUCCUUAUUUUAGUAAUCUUAGGCACAUUGUGGAACAGUUGAAAGCAAGAAAGGUAGGUUGUUAGAAGUGUACUUGACAAAAAGGGUGUAUUGGCAGACUUCGUGUAUUCAGUGAAAAGCAGUGCUGGCUGCCUGCUAUGGCACACUUGGUGUGCAUGUGCAGUGCGAAGCUGGGGCUGGUGCACUUGUGUGCCCCGAAGGUUUAUGCCCUUUCACGCGUCAAGCCUUGCCACGUUGUUGGCAACACUCAAGAAGCCUUUUGUACUACGCUCACACACUUGCGCGCACACGACAUGCAGUCGCACAGAGACCGUAUUAACGACAGCUGGUUGAAGUCUGUCCCUUGCCAUUGCGAGUUCAGGCUUAGCCACGACCGAGGGACCUUUUGUCCUUGAGAGAACGCUUUGUUGAUUUCCUUGAGUUUUAACUCGCCUGCGUUCUUUUCUUUUUUUUUUUUCUACGCGAAGAGUGAUUGGUGCCGUGUUGUUUGAAAUAAAAAUAUGCUGCAUAGG